AGAAGCGCUAAUGACAAUUGACAGCUAAAGGUGUAAAUAAGCUUUUGAGAUCUUUGUUUAUUUAUUGAUUUUUUCUAAAAAUAUUCGCAAAUUAAACUAAGUCUAUUAAAUAUUUCAUAAGUGCUACUAUGGGACAAGGUAAAAGUCAGUUCACAGAAGAAGAGCUCCAAGAUUAUGAAGAUCUUACAUACUUUACCAAGAAAGAAGUACUUUAUGCUCAUCAAAAAUUUAAGUCUCUAGCUCCAGAAAAAGUAGGGCACAAUAAAAAUGCAAAGCUACCGAUGGCAAAGAUAUUACAAUACCCAGAGCUACGAGUCAACCCAUUCAGAGACAGAAUAUGCAAAGUUUUUAGUUCCAGUAAUGAUGGCGACUGUACUUUUGAAGAUUUUCUUGAUAUGAUGUCUGUAUUUUGUGACAAUGCACCUAAGGCUGUCAAAGCUGAACAUGCAUUUAGAAUAUUUGAUUUCGAUGGUGAUGACAUGAUUGGAGUAUCUGAUUUACGGGAGGUCAUUGAACGUCUCUGUGGCUCCGAGUUGAAGCUGAGUGACUCAGAGAUACAGCAGUUGGUGCAGAAUGUUUUGGAAGAAGCUGAUCUCGAUGAUGACGGAGCUUUGUCAUUUGCCGAGUUUGAGCAUAUCAUUGAUAAAAGUUCUGAUUUUUGCCAAUCCUUUCGAAUAAGACUAUAAAAAAGUAAGUCUAUACAUUACUGUAGUAAAUUUAUCAUCUCAAUGAAAAUCUCAAUUUAUUGUUACUGAUGAACCUUAGUGUAAGUUUUGUUAAUUGAUGUUUUUUUUAUAUUGUCUUCCUUAUUUACUUUAUUUAGAAGUAUUUAUGUAGUAAAUUUAAACAUACUCAACAUAAAACUGCCAAAUUUUUUAAUUAUUAAAAUGUGUAUACAAAAA